CCUCGCAUCAACUAUCUGAAGUCUCGCUCCCCCUCCCUCACCCUUCCAAAGUCUCGCUCCACCUCCCGUCCACUCUCUGAAGACUCGCUCCGCCUCCUUCCCUUGCCUUCACCCGUCUGUGAUGCAGUGAAAGAAAAUGUCACACAGUGCGGGAGCUAGCCUUCAGAGUGGAUGGUAGGCGGAGCGAGACUUAGAUAAUGUAAAGGGAGGGUGAGAGAGACUCCAGGUAGUGUAUACAAAGGGGAGGAGACUUUGGUAAUGCAGAGGGGGGGGGGGCGCAAAAAUGGAGAGGAAUCCUGUGAAGAAAAAAAGGAAAGAACUACAUCCCAGCUGCAACACACAUGUGACAUGACCAUAGCAAGGAAGAAAUAAAGGGAUGUCCCCAUAAUUGUGAAUGCCCAAUGAGUGACACAUGCACAGCAGAAGUAGAAAAAAUCUCAGAUACCUGUGGUUGUGGAUGUGAGGUGUGUGCCCAGGAAGAUGGUGACAUAUGUGAUGGACUAAGACCAUGCAAUCCAAAUCAGAACCUCAGCUGUGAAUAUCCAGACUUGCAGGGCAAGCCAGGAGUAUGCAGAGAUAUAAGCAAGGAUAGAGAGACAAUUACCAAACCAGUAAUUUGCAAUAAGGAUCCAACAGAGUGGACACCAUGCUCCCGUUCUUGUGGAUUUGGCCAGUCAUUGAGAAUAAAGUAUGACAAGGAAACUUGCACUUCCAGAGCAGAGAAGAGAUUGUGCAUGAUUAGACCCUGCAAAGGGGACUACUCCACAGCAAACUACACACUUAUGAAGAUUACAAAAAAUUGCAAUCGUGUCUUACGCUGGUCAGAACCUCUCAGGCUGAAUCACCGUGGAUGUCACACAAAGCAUCCUCUGCGCCCCAAAUUCUGUGGGCUGUGCUCUGAUGGGCGGAAAUGUUUCCCCUCAGAUACAGAGACACGCUCUGUGCCCUUCAAGUGUCCCCUGUCUUCCAAAAUAGUUAAACGCCAGUUUAUGUGGGUGGUGAAAUGCCAGUGCAAGAAUUUGUUAAGUGCUAAAAACGGCAAAGCAGAAAAGGGACAUAAAAAGAAAAAGGAGAGAGAAAGGAAAGAAGAAAAGUUUAACACUAUAGAGGAAGAAAUGUAACUAGUACUGAGGCAAGGACAAAGACUGGAAGAAAAUGCUAAUAAAGAUUAAUAACGUUUAAUAAAGGGGCACAGACUGUAGGUUUGAUUACAUUAAGAGCAGUAGCCAAUGGGAAAAUGUGUUGUUGAAAACCAACAUAUCACAGCUAAGUUGCCCAAAAUUGUCUCUGGAGGAAACUUUGGGAAACUUAGUGAUAUGCUGGUUUUACUGCCACCAACUCCACUUAUUUCCAAUGGAGAGGCAUUUUCGGAAGAUUUGUCGUCCACAGUUGUUCAUAAAUAAUCGCGGGCGACAAAUCUACCUGUCGGUCACUGUCCUAAGUAGAGAUCACAGUAAAAUAUGAUAGGAAUCAAACUGUGAUCCACCAGCUGUCCUAUGGGUUAUCUUUAGCUUAUACAUGCAUGGUUUAUUUAUGUACUCAUGUUUUUUAAGUGUUUCAGUGCUCAUUGAUCUUUACACAUAAAGAGAUAUUGUGCACUUCUUGGCUCAGUUACAGUCUUUUUACUUUUGCUAUCACUGAUGACAAACCUUCCUGUGUCAAUAUAAAUGCAAUAAAGUGCCAUCAUAUGA